CUGCAAAAUGGACCCAAUUCCUGAAGAGAAUAAUUACAUGUCCUCUUUAUAUAACACAGGUAUGUUCCAGAGACAAGAGGAGGCAGAGGAUACUAACCCUCAGAGCUUGAAGUCCUUCAAGGGGCAUAGAGAAAGAAUCACCAGGAUUGAGUUCAACCCCAACCUGAAGCAGCUUAUUACUACAGGCAAUGAUGCUGUAGUUCAUGUGUGGAACUAUAAGAAAAACUCAAGGCCUUAUGUGUUUGAUGCACAUAAGGGAGCAAUCAACGCUCUUAGUGUGAAUCCAUCUGGUAAUCUCAUUGCAACAGGAUCCUCAGAUAAAACAAUCAGGAUUUGGAAUAACUCUAUGGAAGGAUUUAAUAAGGCGCUAAAAUCUCACACUGGCCCGGUCAGAGAUUUAUGAUUCUCAUGCGAUGGACAACUCUUGCUCAGUUGCUCAGACGAUAAGACCCUCAGAAUGUGGAAUAUCACUGAGAAUAAAUUUUUAGCCACUAUUGCAGCACAUAAGAACUGGGUAAGAACAUGCCAUAUGUCUCCUGAUUCCACAGUCCUUAUUUCUGGGAGUGACGAUACAACCAUUAAGCUGUGGGACUCAACUACUUGUGAAGAGAUGGCCUGUCUUACAGAUCAUACUGGGAUGAUAAAUAGCAUUAGAUUCCAUCCUGAUGGAUCCUGUAUUGCAUCCGGAGCUACUGAUAAUACCAUUAAGAUCUGGGAUGCUAGAAGUCAAAGACUUUUGCAGCAUUAUGAUGCUCAUGGAAAGGCAGUUAACUCAAUAAACUUCCAUCCAUCAGGGAAUUAUUUGAUCUCGACAUCCCAAGACGCCACUGUAAAAAUUUGGGAUCUGAGACAAGGAAGCAUCCUGUACACUCUGUAUGCACAUGACGGGACUACCUCUGCAGCUGCAUUCAGUACAUACGGUAACUACUUUGCCACAGGAGGGCAGGACACCAACAUCCAGAUCUGGAAGUCUAACUUAGAGAGUAAUAAUCCUGAAUACAUUGAAUUCUUUGAAGACUCUGUUAUGAAGGAGACUAAAGUUAUUAACACUAAUACAGACCAGGCACCCAACCUUGAAGGUAAAGAAGAUCACAAAGUGAUCGAAGGAGAUCUCUCUAAAGCUCCACAUAUUGAAAUCGGGGAGAACCAGAAGCCAGUCCCAGAGGCGGAACCUGAAGAGAAAACCCUCCUUGAAUAUGAAGAAGUUCCCGAAGCUUUUAGGAAAACUCUUGACAAAAUGGUCUUCCAGCUUGAUUUGGUCGGAAAAACAGUUGGUGCUCUUGAGAAGCGGCUCAACUACAGUGAAAACAAAAUGACAGAGGUGCUGGAAUAUUUCAAAAAUAUUGACAAUGAUGGAAACUUCAGAGACAUUGAAUCUGCAGCAGUCAUUGAUAACUCAGAGAUAGUCUCCAAGCUGAGUCCAGACAGGAUCAAGAAACUCAUUGAUUUCAACGAAAGAGAUGAAGCAAGAGUCAAGGUGCGUCCAAAUGAAGAAGUGGAUGAUGACUUCAUGAGAGAGACCAAUAAGUUCACUACAAUACCCCAAAGAAAAUUUUAAAUUAAUUCUUCAAAUCUGCUACAAAAA